AUGGACGGUGAUCAAUACGAGUGCAGCGAGGGACCGAGUCUCUUCCAUCCACUCUGCAACCCUUCCUCCAUCUCUCCUUCUUCUCAAUCUCCCCCCACCCCCCCCAACUCGCUCUUCCCCAUACCCCCCGGCAGGGCGGAGACAUCAUCCUCCAGGUCUCCACCCUGCAAGGGGGCGACCAAGUCCCCACCAGGUCUCGCUCCCUCUCCCCAACACUGCUCCCCCUUUUCCCCCAUUCCCCUCUUCACCCGUUCCCCUUCCGCCCUUCCCCCUUCCCCCUCCCCUCUUCUCCUGGUCCCCCUGCAGGGCGGAGACAUCAUUCAUCAGGUCUCCUCCUUCCACUCCGCCCCUCUCUCCGCCCUCUCGUGGUCCUCCCUGCACCUCUCCCCCUCCUCCACCACUGCUCCUCCCAAUGCCAGUCCUGCUCCCACCGCCACUGCCACCAGCACCUCCCUUCCUCUCUCCCCUUCCUCCCUCCUCGCCAACCUCCCCUCCCUCUCCCCCCUCUCCUCCUCCUCCUCCACCGCCAAGCUCCCCCCCUCCGCCCCCUCCCCGCCUUUCCCCCAUGGCCCCUACCACGACCUCACUCAUAUCUACCUCCCCCGGACUCCACCCGCCUCUUCCCUUCCCUCGGCCUCCUACCUCUCCAUGCCUGCUGACUCAGUUGCUGACGUGGACGGGGCCCGCGCGCCCGAGGAUGAGCGGUGGUGGAUGCACAUGCCUGCUGGCAAGGGGAGAGGGGGAGGGGGAGAGGGAGGGGGUGGAGGGGGAGGGGGAGGGGGGGGAGGGAGAGGGAGGGGAGGAGGAGAGGAGUAUGCUGUGUGUGUUAGUGAGUGUGGAUGUGGUGGGGUGUGUGGUGGUGAGCGCGUUUGGCAUCUUCCCACUCAUCAAGCUGGACAUGACAAGGCAUGCAAGUGGGGCUCGUGUGAAGGUAACCGCUGGGAGGUGCCGGCAGUGGCAACGCACGGGGCAGCAGCGCUAACAGGACUAAUGGACCCCUGGGAGGUGCUGGCGGUGGCAACCCAUGGGGCGGCACUAACAGGGCUCAUGGAGUGCGUGUCAGCAACGGCUGCUGCUGCUAAGGCUGGAAGCCCCUUCACAGCCCUUUCCCCACCGCCCUCCCUUGUUCAUUGUUCUCCUCUAUGCAGCCCCUGGGAGGUGUUGGCAGUGGCAACGCACGGGGCGGCGCUGACAGCGCUCAUGGAGUCUGUGUCAGCAACUGCUGCUGCCAUGCACGGCCAAUGGGAGGCCGCCAGCUUUCAGUGGCGGGAGAAGGUGCAGGGGCUGCAGCGACUGCUGGAGGAGAAUGGUGAGCUGGCGGCAGAUUGCCCCGCAGACCCUCGCUCAGAGCUGCUGUACAUGCUCGCAACAGGGGCUGCUGGGUCGAACUGCCCCUCAGACCCUCGCUCAGAGCUCCUGUACAUGCUGGCAACAGGAGCUGCCAGCACGGAUCUGAACAGCUUUUUCUCAGAUACUCUUGCAGGCGAAGCGGGAGUGAAGCGGCUGGCACGGACGAUAGAGACAGCAGGGAACGCGCUGCAUGGUCUGCUCACACUGCACCUCAUGCCCGCUCUGGAAGAGACCCUCAGGGCAGUGGUGGCGGACUUUCUGCACCACCAAGGCGCACCUGCACCCCAUCUGCCCCAGAUGCCACCUCCCAUCCACUUCGACCGCGACCCCUUCAAGGCCCAGGCAGUGGUGGCGGACUUUCUCCACCACCACUUGGACUGCGACCCCAUCAAGGCGCACCUGGAUCCACCUGCCCCAGAUGCCACCUCCCCAGGCGCCAGGGUGCCGCCCCCGCCCAUGUUCGCUGGGAUCACGAGUGGCGCGCACGAGGAUGGGGAUGCGCUUCUAAGGGAGGUCGUGUGUGACCUAGCUGGGAUCACCAACCCAGCAGCCGUGCACCCCAAGGGAGGCAACAACUCUCUCCGGCAGCGGCUGGACCGAGUGCAACACAGUUGUGAGGCAGUGCUAUCAGCCACAGCAGCCAGCUUCACUGCCCGUGCCGUGCUCGCCCUGCCCUCUCUGCUUCUGCCUGCUGUGCCCACCGCGCCUCUUCUGACUUCAAGCCAACAAGUUGCCGCCCAACAGAUUGCCGCCCAGCAGAGAACACCUGCUAAGGCACAAGCUAAAGAUGCAGCAGCAACAGCAGCAGCAGCAGCAACAGCCGCCAUGCCUGUUAGGGCGCCAAUCAGCAUCUGCUGCCCCCAACCUUCCUCGCUGAUUAAUUCUGCUAAAGCUACCAGCACCCCUCACCACCGCCUCCCACCACCCGCUAAGUGCGUCAUUGCGCUUCCCCUCCCGUCCUCCACCUCUGUUAGUAGCAGCAGCAGCAGCAGCAGCAGCCAAGUGUUGGUGCUACGAGUGCCUUUGUCCUCUGCAAAACAUCCUGCAAUUUCCCGUGCAUCAGCAGCAGCAGCAGCAGCAGCAGUCAAAGCAGGCGCAGCAGCGACAGCAGUGGCAGGAGCAGCAGAGGGGGUGGAGGCGGCAGUGGUGGAUGUGGGGCAUGGCAUGGUGGUCACAGACAUUGCAAUGUAUAAGGUAGGUACCAUCUACCCAUGCAUGCAUGCUUGUCUACCUGGCAUUCGAGAGGCAGAGAGGGCAGCGGUGGUGGAUGUGGGGCAUGGCAUGGCGGUGACAGACAUUGCAAUGUAUAAGGACCACCACAUCGCACUGCUGCUCACUGCUGCCGCUGCCACUAAAGCAGGCAGCGCAGCAGCAGGGGCAGCGUGGCAGCAAGCCGGGGAGCAGCAGCAGCAGCAGCAGCAGCAGCAGGGGAGGCUGGUGGUGUGUCCAGUAGAGGGUCUGGCGUUCACAGGAAUUCAGCUGGGCCAAGGAGACACCCUCCUGCAGCAUCUACCACCUUCUCAGCCGUUCCCCUCCGAGGGCCUUAGGGAACGCCCUCUCACCUUUGCCCGCCCCCUUGCCCCGCUUGCUGCCAGUUCUGCUCGUGGCUUGGCUGCGGUGUUUGGGGCUCAGCGGAGAGUGCUGGUUCUUGACCUUGAGGAGGAUGAGGAGGAAGAGGAGGAAGAAGGGGAGGAGGAGAAUGAGGGGGAAGAGGGCGAAGAGGAAGGUGAUGGGGCUGAAGAGGGAGGUUGA